AUGGAUCAAGUGUACAAGUAUGGUUCUGUGCUUUCAAUUCCAUUGUACAACUGCAGCUUCAAAAAUUUGACAUCCGAACAAUGGUCUGAAAAAUAUGGUGAACGUCGUCCAAUUCUUGGUAUAGUCGAGGCAACCUAUGGAAUCCUGAUCAACAUAUUAUACAUUCCCGUAUUUCUAGUAAUGUUUGAAAAGAAGCAGUUCAGCAUGUCAUGCUAUAAAAUUAUGGCACUUUUGGCCUCCGUGGACUUUGGUUCCAUAAUUGUUAAUUGUAUAAUCACUGGCUUCUUAGCAUAUCAGGGAGCAGUGUUCUGUGCAUAUCCAAAUUUGAUCUACAUUUCCGGAACUGUUGGCAAAGGUUUUUGGUAUUGUUCAUGUCUCACUACAAUUCUGCUUGUUGCUAAUAGGUCAUUAGACUUGACAUUUCCUGAUUUUGGGCGUGUGAUAUUUGAUGGUAAAAAGACCUACAUUCUCUUGAUCUUUCCAAUUGUCUAUGGAAUAUGGUUUCUAUGGUACAACGCACCAAUUGUCUUCACUUCAACGUUUCAUUCUUGGUUUUUUGAUCCAAUGAUUUUUGAGGGAAGGGCAGUGGAAUAUGAUAACUUUCCUGUUUUCUUCAACAAUUUAUUGGUCGUGGUGUCUACUUGCUUUUUGUAUGCAUUGUUUUGUACUGUUCUUAUUGCAAAAGGGAAACAUGCAAAAGCAGGAUCAACAUCUAAAACGGUGAGUCGACAAAUAGUGUUCCAAUCGACACUCAUAUGUGCUGUAAACUUCCUUACAUCUGCAAUUUAUGUCAUAGAGAAUUACAUAGCAGUUCCUUUUUGGAUUGUGAUAAGCGGUCAAUUUUGUUGGCAACUUGGAAGUGCUGCUCCAUUAUUAAUUUAUUUCAUUUUCAACAAGACUAUCAGAAAUGGAGUAUGGAUUAAAACAGGAUUGAAGACUGUCCGUCGGAAGAACACGAUCAGCACAUUGCAGAAAAACCAAUCACGAAUGAUUUCUUUAAUUCACUCCACACAGCAAAUCUAA